AUGAUCACCUCAACCAGAAGAGUGUCUCCUGAUAAAUCUGAAGUUAGAAUCGCCUUCAGCCUCGACGACACAUCAGAUGUAAAAGAUGUGGAGGACCUCCCCCAGACUUUCCCGGAUCUUGAACAGCGACUACAGCCAGUGCCCCCCCUGUGUGUCUCUGAGAGCGUUCAGGUGUACAAGGAGCACUGCAGGAUGGCAAGAGGGUUCCACCAGGUCAAACACGAGAUCGCCGUGAUUGAGGACCGCAAGCGUAAGUUGCUGGCAGAGCUGGUGGAGGAUGAGAAGGUUGCCAUGGAGAUCGCUCGUCUAGAGGAAGAGUUUCGGCGUCUAACAGAAGAGAACCGCACCUUGAUGACUGUCCACAACGAGCGCGCUCAGCAGCUGGAGAGGCUCUGCUUACCCAAUCAAACGAGGCAGGACUCCUCGUGA